UUUUUAUAUUUUAUUAAUAACACAGUAACACUACUUAAUUAAAAUGUCGCUAAGCGAACAGAGUCUUGAUACUAACCUAAGAGAAUUAACAGCAAAACGUAGCUCAUUUAAAGGCCGACUCACUAAGUUUAAAAAUAACUUAGACGUUUUGUCUAGUUGCAAGUCGAUUUCGCCAGUCGAAGUCAGCAAAUUAUCAAUUAAAUUAAGUCGAUUUGAAACAUUGUUUACGGAUUUCGAUGAGCUACAAACGCAAAUAGAGGUUCUUAAUGUAGAAAACCUAGACGCGGAAUUAAAUAUUCGCGAAACUAUUGAGCAAGACUUUUGCUAUUGCAUCGCGACUGCCCAGCAAUUAAUUGAUACGAAUUCUACUCCAAAGAAACAAAAUAAUUCAUCGCAUUCUUGUCAUGAUCACGACGAAUGCGACGGGUUGUUGGGUUUUAAGUUACCAACUAUUAAAAUUUCAAACUUUGAUGGUUCUUAUUACAAAUGGCUGGAAUUUAAGGACACCUUUGUGUCUCUAGUCCAUGAUAAUACUAGAAUAAAAGAUAUACACAAGUUUUAUUAUUUGAAUUCAUACCUAGAAGGAGAGGCCGCCCGCGUGAUAAGUAAUUUGGAAGUAAGUGAUAAAAAUUAUAGUAAGGCAUGGCAGCUUCUCUGCGAGCGUUAUGAUAACAAGCGCCAAUUGAUAAAUAAUCACUUAAAGGCUUUGCUCAGUGUAGAUACGGUUCGCGAAACCGAGAAAUCUUUUCGUUUUAUUAUAGACCAUGUCACUAAAAACUUACGUGCCCUUCACACAUUAGGGUUGCCUACUGAAAGUUGGGACAUGCUUAUAAUUUUUCUUAUUUCCCAAAAGCUAGACCCCACCACAAGUUUGAAGUGGGAAGAAAGCAGAAGUUCAUUGAAGGACAUCCCUACACUAGAUGAUUUCUUCCAAUUUCUAAAAAAUAGGGCAGAUGUAUUUGAGACAAUUAAAAGUAAACGUCGCAGUUCCAUAGAACCCUCACCAAAGGGUAAAAGGGAGUUUACUAAAUCCUUCUCAGCGACCAGUUCACCUUCUAAAUCUAAAGUUAAUUUUGUCUGUCCAGUUUGUAAAGGUAAACAUCGUAUUUACGAGUGCUUGACCUUCAAGAAUAAAUCUCCAGAAGAUAGAUCUGCACUCGUAUCUUCUCUAAAUCUUUGCCGGAAUUGCCUCCGCAAGGAUCACAGCGUGGACCAGUGCCGCCUGCCUGGUGGUGGCUGUAAGACCUGUAACCAACGGCACAAUUCACUGAUCCACGUCAACGUCUCCGAAAGUGAAGAAGAACCAGCACUAGAGACUGUUACCAUGUCAUCCACGUCGGUGACUGAAGUUCUACUAUGCACUGCACUAGUUGAUUUGUUUAAUCCGACCACUAAUGAAAAGGUCACAGUGCGUGCUCUUCUUGACAGCGGAAGCCAGUCCUCAUUCUUGACCACAGCUGUCAAACAAAGUCUUGGCUUACCUUCUCAAAAAAUCGAUACCAAGAUCAUUGGUAUCGGUGACACCAAACUAAAUGUUUUAUCAGAACGAUGUUUAGUACACAUUAAAUCAAAACAUUCCUCUUUCAAUACGACGAUAUCUUGUUUAGUUUUGCCUAAGCUUACAGGUCAAUUGCCUAAGAUUGCCUUCGAUAUUACAAGAUUGAAUAUUUCCAAUUUUCAGCUGGCGGAUCCAACAUUUAACAUUCCCUCUGAUAUUGAUGUUAUUCUGGGCGCAGAGCUGUUCUGGUGUAUCAUUGGCACUGAACAGCAUUCUCUUGGUGAGCACUACCCUAUUUUGCGUAGCUCCAAGUUAGGAUGGCUAAUAGCUGGUCCUAUAGGCCCUAGUAAAAAGGCACAUAAAAGUGCCUACUAAGACCAUCUAUAAAGAAGAGGAGCAUCUUUGCGAACAGCAUUUUCUCCAAAACACUUACCGCUGUGAUGAUGGCCAUUUUUGCGUAAAAAUCCCGCUUCGUUGUGACAAGGAUUGUUUAGGGAGUUCUUAUGCAUUGGCAGGAAGAAGUAUUUUUAACCUUGAAGGGCGCUUCAAUAAACAGCCUUUACUCAAGCAAUCAUAUGUAGAAUUCAUGAGGGAGUAUGCAGACCUUAAGCAUUUAUCUGUGUACGACAAACCCCUAUCAGAAUCUUCAUUUUAUCUGCGUCAUCAUCCAGUUCUUCUAAAACUAACCAGGAAAUCGACUAUCACUGAAAUUUCUGAACUUAAUUCCCAUGCCCCUACAUCACAGAACCCAGCUUAUUUAGUUUCACGUGGUGUGCAGCCCUCUUGCGUGAAUCAAUGUGAGUUAUGGUGGCAUGGAACAAAUUACCUUUUAGAACCAGAACGUGGCAUUAAAAACCUACCUGGAAUCAGAACACUCGCAGUGGAGUCCCAGGAACCUUUCUUUGAUUUAACUAGAAUUUCAAGAUUUCCUAUUUUACAACGCAUUUAUGCCUGGGU